AUGGCAUUCAGCUUUGGUAACCCGGGAAGUGGUAGCCUUGGUGGUGGUUCCGCUGGAGGUGCGACAGGUCUCAGUGCGCAAUUGGGUCCUGAGCUCGAAGAUAUACAAACGACGGCCCUUCACUUUCACGCUUUUGCAGGCGAAUCUAAGUUGCAAUUACUUCCUUCAGCAUGGCCGACCGACAACCUUCCUCCUCCAACAUCUUCGUUAUUGAGCAUAUCGUCACGUCGCGGAUUGCUCGCAGCCGCCGGUCCAGAUGCUAUAGUUGUCGCAAGAACUGCGUCUGUAGAAAAAGCAUUUGAAGGGUCCGGUACUGGAAAUUUUAAAUCUUUUCAGCCGGAACUUAGAAUUCCCAUGCCUAUGAGGGUAUCGCAGCUUGCCUUUUCAGCGGACGAUGCAUAUUUGGUUCUAUCUGCGGAAUCAGGUGGUGGACUUGCAGUUUACGAAGUUGAGGCCUUACUCAAAGGAUCUACACAAACAGCCUUCGAGAUACCUUCAAAUGGCGAGUCUUUGAGGGCUCUCGUGCCAAAUCCUACCAGGGAUAAAGGCGAGCUUCUUGCAGUUGUGACUGUGGAUGGAAACCUUAUGAUGGCAAAUCUUAAAGACCGCGCUUUCAAGUCAGGCCCCAAUGGCCAAGUUCUCAGAAGUGGUGUCAGCUGUGUAUCGUGGUCUACUAAAGGGAAACAAUUAGUUGCUGGCCUCGGCGAUGGUACUGCUGUUCAGAUGACGCCAGAAGGGGAAAUCAAAGCAGAAAUUCCAAAGCCGCCUGGGUUAAAUGACGGAGAUCAUGUAUCGUCCAUCACUUGGCUCGAAAAUAACGUAUUUUUGUUGGUGCAUACACCAUCGAAUUUCGACCCUAGCAAUGCUCCUGAAUCCAAAUUUCAUCUGGCUACGAGGCAACAGCCUGCGACUUUUAUGUUUCAGAAACUUACUGAUCCUACUCCACCCUUUGGUCUCAAUCGUUCACCACCGCAUCAUUUUUUGCUUCGCUUGAAAGAUUUCCCACCAAAUAUACAGGAUUUACUUAUCGUAGGCUCGACAGCAUCCACAGAUAUCAAUCUCUUUACCAGAUCCAGUGUACCAUUGACGACUGAUAAGCCAUCGGACAGAAUAACAGGGCUAUUCACGAUGACAGAAAUGGCUGAUGACUCUUUUAGAGCUCAGCUUCCUGCAACAUCGAGCGGGGGUUUUGGGGACACAUCUCCGAUAGGUUUUGCGCUUGAUCUAUCAAGCAACACUAGGAUCUGGAAACCCAUACCCGGGGAUGACGAGAUUGAUGAGUCGCCUCACCCUGCCCCUGCUCUUAUGGUUUUGAACAAUGAAGGUGUCUUGGCUUCAUGGUGGAUCAUUUAUAACGACUCGGUUCGACAGAAAACCAUAUACCCAGGUCUAGUUGCCGCCAAGGGAGCGACGCCUGAGCAGCAGCCUAGCACUGUUACACCUGCUUUUGGCAGUACGUCAAGUCAACCAUUUGGGGGUCAAGCUUCUACAACUUCGGCCUUUGGUGGUGCAAUGGCGAAACCAGCGGCCGCUUCUGGGACAGGUGCUUUUGGGACGCCCGCUGCUAUCGGUAAGACACAGUCGCCAUGGGGUGCCCCAGGUGCUCAAGCAUUUGGAACCCAAAGUUUUGGUACACCUUCAAUGGCACCGCCUGCAGCGCAGCCAGGUCCAGCUUUUGGCGCGCCAGCUUUCGGUACACCAUCAGCUCCAGCUUUUGGGCAAUCAGGCUUGCCAGGGCGGCAAUCAGUAUGGGGCUCAGCAAACACCACCACGGCAAGUACGGGUACAGCUUUUGGUCAGUCCAGCGCUUUAGGUGCAUCUCAACCUGUUUUUGGCUCAAGUGCUUCUACUGGAACUAAGCCUCCGACUUCUGGAGGAUUUGCCACUUUUGCAAAUCAAGGCGGCUUCGCAGCUGCAGCUGCCCCGGCAACAGGGGGAAGCAUAUUCGGUUCCAAACCUGCCGCACCCCCGGUUACAGGCGGUGGUAUAUUUGGUUCCAACAAUAAUGCCUCGAAUGCAAGUGGCGGCAUUUUCGGUUCUAACAACACUAGCAAUGUUGCACAAUCUAGUAGUCUCUUUGGAGGAGCCAAUAAAGCCCAGCAACAGCCUUCUUCAAGUCCUUUUGGGGCAGAUAAAUUUGUCAUUGGUUCCACAUUUAAGGCGGAUACUUCUAAGGAGAGCGAGCCAGAUAAUACGACUGCAACAAAUGGUUCGUUCUUUGGAGGUGGAGCCUUUGGUAACGCUUUGAAGGAAGCAGAGGAUGUCCCUGCUGUACAGGCACCAGUGUCCGAGGAAGCAGACAUGGAUGCUCCAGAGCCAGAGGAACAGGCGAAGCCUCAAUCUGCGACUCCUAGUUCAACUCCCGCGCCGGCUAGGUCAUCAUUCUUCAAUACAGCAGCACCUGCUAGUGGCGGUGGACUUUUUGGGUCCGCCUCUGGCUCCACAAAAUCAAACCCCUUCGGAAGCGCUGAAGCAAAGUUAGCUCCAAACCCUUUUGCGGCCUCGGCUAAACCAGCAGCAAAUCCAUUUGAUGCAUCUAUACCUGCUAAAACAGCCCCAGCUCCUUCUCCGCCACUGGAUAUCAAGCAGGAACCAAACGAUGGAGUGCCUGAGGCUCCUCUGCCUCCAGAUCCAACAAGUAAAUCUAGCUAUGCUGCUGGCGAAACGUCCGCCUCUGAAAACGAUGCGCCAUUGCCUCCGGACUUCAUACCUAAACCUAAGCCGCCUACCAAAGAAGUUCCUGGCCCUGGAAAAGAUAAUGAUGCACCCUUACCACCAGAUUUCGUGCUGAAGCCUAAGCCCACUCAAACCCAAAUACCACCCCCUAUUAAAAAAGAUGCUCAAACGCAGGAUCAACCUCCCCCACAUGAAUUUCCCAAAGAUGUUAUUCCAGGGGGUCCGGAUGAUGAAGGCGAUGAUUCUGACUUCCUUACAGAAGAUGAAGAUGAUGAGCAAAGCAAAGAACCGAGUGAAGAGGGAAGUGGGGAAGAUCUCGGAAAGCUGGAUAGCCCGACAUCUGAAAAUAAUGUCACACCCGGUUUAACGCCUCAAAGUUCAUUUGGCGGGAAUCAGAAAACCAAAGCAGACAUCAGCCCUUUUGCAAAAGUACAAAAGCCAUCCACGUUUGGACAAUCGAAGGGACUUUUCGGGGAAAUUGGUACCGCACCCAAAUUUCCACCACCAACAGGCCCCGUAAAUCCUUCAUCACCUCGAUCACCCAGCCCUAUAAGAUCAGCAGUUCCGCCUAGAAUGAUGCGUCCCGAUCCGUCCCGAUCUGUUAGUGCACCGGGAUUCGCAUCACAGUUAUUAAAUGCUCACAAGUCAUCGGGAAGAACUGCACCUGCGCAAAGCUCUUUUGUGACAUCUGUUGAACAAGAAAAGGCACGAGAACAGCGCCGUAUUGAGGCUAAAGCAAGGAAAGAAGCCGAAGAGACCAGAACGCUCGUCGAUGAUGAAGAUGAUAGGAUGCAGAGAUAUCUCACUGAAGAUAUUGAAGCCACAAGGACGCUGGAUGAAUUCGUCGCUUAUUCAGAUGUAAAGUCACCUGAAACAGGCGACAACAUUCCUGCUCAGGUAGAGAUUUUAUACCGUGAUAUAAACUCCAUGAUCGAUACCCUCGGUGUAAAUGCAAAGGCUCUAAAGUCAUUCAUCAAGGGGCACACCGAGCAGCACAAAGAUAGAACCAGAAAAGACCUCGAAGAAGAUGAGACCUGGUGUCUGGAUGAGAUAGAGGCACUUUCAUAUAUCGUAGAAAGGGAGCUAACACGCGAACUCGAAACGGGUAGAAUUCAGGACGUGGACGAAAAAAUCGAAACUUGCGAAAAUCUUGAGAAGGAGACUAUCAAGCUACGACAAAGAUUCGAAGAAGUAAAAAGGACUGUCCAGUCACACACACAUCCUGAUCAAAUAGCGAUCGCCAGAGCACAACCACUCAACGUCGAGCAAGCUGCACAGCAACAUGAUCUCCGCCGCGAUUAUUUGAAGUUUCAGAAACUACUCUCAGAGGCUGAAGAAGGUCUCACUGUUCUCAGGGCUAGGAUUGUAUCUCAAAAUUCCAAUAGCAAUACAAAAAGCGCCGCCCCCACAGUCGAAGCUAUUAUGCGUACAAUCACCAAGAUGACGUCCAUGGCGGAAAAACGUAGCGGCGAUGUCGAUGUUCUUGAAAACAGCAUGCGCAAAUUGAGAUUCAACACCACAAGUCGAGAAUCCUCGCCAGCUCUCAGAACGCCCCAGAAAAAUAUGAAUAGAAUAAGUAUAAGGGGAAAUACACCAGGGACUUCAAGCACAAAUAGAGUUUUCUAUACACCUGAUCAAUUUAAAGGAUCGGCGUCAAGGAGAUUAGGAAACUCGUCUUUUGGGAUGAGUAAUUCGGGCUCGAUUUACACAACACCUAGUCCGAGAAAAAAGAUUAGUGGAUAUAGUUUAGAGGAGAAAUCGGAUUUGAGCGAGGUGGCUAGGAGGAAGAGGGAAGCGAGAGAUAAAUUGAGGAUGGCCGUCAAUAGAGCCGGGAUUAGGGUUAGAGCUUUUCAGGAUGAUGAUUGA